GCCUCACAUUCGAUUGAACGCUUUGAAAGUUUCAAUUAAAAGAGUGGUUCGCGUUAUCCAUACCUGAGAGAGAGAGAGAGAGAGAGAGAAUGACAAUAGCUCUUUUUUCAGUUCCGACGCCUCUUCAGGCCCAACCGUACAAGUACAAAAACUCUUUGCCUACUAGUGCCGCUUACCCUUCUUUUUCUAAGUUAAAUGUUCCUCUGUGCUCUCCUUCUUCUGCUUCAACUUCUGUUAUAGAAGAAGAGGGUCCUCGUCCUUCUCCUUCACCAGAUCAACUUCCUGUUCCUGAUCAAUUAGAAUACGCUGCCAAACAGAGCGGUUGUAAGGCAUGUGGAAGAGAAGAAAUCGAGAAAGGAUGCAAUGGUGAAGGAAGGGUUCAGGGUGGGAUUGCAACCGUACCGGGCUUUGGCUGGUGGCCUAUAAAGGCUUACAGGCCAUGCCCUGGAUUUGUGGCGUCUGGUGGUAGGUAUAGGCGACAAGGACAAAGCAUGGACGAGGUUGCCUUCGGUCGUGGUGAAACACCUUCUGCAGGAACAGGCAGUGACUCUAAGCCAAGUAAAAGAAAGGAAGGUCCGAAGAAAGGUCAGAGUUAAUGUUUGAAAGAAAUAUACUUGUCAUUGCUUUGUUGAGGUGACAUAAAACCAAGGGAAUUAAGGUGGAGGGGGCAAAGAACAUGUUGGUGAUGUUCUGGUCAGCUACAAAUUUUAGCUUAAUAUUCUAUAAGGAUUCUGGAAAUAUGUACGUCUUAUAGGGAAAUGCGGCGAUUUAAUGUAAUCGUGUAAACCUAAGUGUUUGAAUCUCGACUGUUUUUUUUUUUUUUUUUUUUUUUUUUCAUUUA